AUGAGGCAACACGCUGCCCGAACCCACCCGCUGAUGGCCUUCCGCCCAGCCAUCCUGGGGCUGUCCAGGGCCAUCUUCACCCUCGGUGUCGCCUCCGCUGCCCCCAUCCACGUCCUGGACGAGCUGCACGAUGGUAACGAGGAGGAGGGUGGCGAGUUCUGGGUCCUCUUCACCAUCUCCAUCUUCCUCGUCCUGCUCGGCGGCGCCUUCGCCGGCCUCACCAUCGCCCUCAUGGGCCAGGACAGCGUCUAUCUUCAGGUCAUCUCUCAGGACCCCACAGAGCCCCAGCAAAAGAACGCCGGCCGCGUCCUGCGCCUGCUCGACAAGGGAAAGCAUUGGGUGCUUGUCACUCUGCUCCUCAGCAACGUCAUCGUUAACGAGACUCUGCCCGUUGUGUUGGACCGUUGUCUUGGUGGAGGUGUGGCUGCUGUCGUCGGAUCUACUGUCUUGAUUGUCAUCUUCGGAGAGGUUGUUCCUCAGUCUAUCUGUGUCCGCUACGGCCUUGCCAUUGGUGGCUACAUGUCCAAGCCCGUCCUCCUUAUGAUGUACCUGAUGGCACCAGUUGCGUGGCCAACCGCGAAGCUCCUCGACUGGGUCCUCGGCGAGGACCACGGAACCGUCUACAAGAAGAGCGGAUUGAAGACCCUAGUCACCCUCCACCACACCAUGGGCCCAGCAGCACAGCGCCUGAACGAAGACGAGAUCACAAUCAUUGGCGCCGUCCUCGAGCUCAAGGAGAAGCCUGUCCAUGACGUGAUGACCCCAAUGGCAGACGUCUUCAUCAUGUCGGAGGAGACCGUGCUGGACGAGGAGAAGAUUGACAUGAUCCUGUCUGCUGGCUACUCGCGCAUUCCCAUUCACGAGGCCGGGAACGAGACCAACUUCAUAGGAAUGCUUCUGGUCAAGAUCCUCAUCACCUACGACCCUGAAGACGGCAAGAAGGUCAGGGACUUUCCCCUGGCAACCCUGCCCGAGACGCGCCCCGAGACGAGCUGCCUCGACAUCAUCAACUUCUUCCAGGAGGGCAAGUCACACAUGGUUCUGGUUUCCGAUGCUCCGGGUGACGACCACGGUGCGCUCGGUGUGGUCACCUUGGAGGAUGUGAUUGAGGAGUUGAUCGGAGAGGAGAUCAUUGACGAGUCUGAUGUGUACAUUGAUGUCCACAAGGCCAUCCGACGAAUGGCGCCAGCACCCAAGGCCCGGUACCAACGACGACUGUCCCACGGCAACCACGCGGCAGAUGGAAACGACAGCAAAUCUAGUGAGGACACAAAGGUCGGAGACGAGGACCCUGCAGACAACUACGAGACCCGAAAGAGAAGAUACAACUCGGCAACUGAAGCGGGUGAGGGUCCCGACCGAUCUAACAGCCACAGCCCUAUGCCUGGCACGUUCCUGCUGCGGCGCGCCUCGGCCGGACUUGAUGGCAGGAUGGAGAAUGUUCCGGUGAGGGCAAGCUACAAUGAUAUAAGACAGCAUUUGAAGCACCUCGGCCCGUCCAACCCAGCCUCGAACCCCAAGGCCACAAAAUCCACCACCGUCAAGAUCAAGCCCGGCGUUGUCGUGCAUGACGCGCCAAGGGCGAGCCCGGUUGCCGAACAAGUUAUUCAGGAAGAGCCACGGGUCGAGAACGACGAGGAGGACGGUGACGAGACGACGUCCCUCCUGCGGCCAGCACUCACACCCAAGGAUGGUGCGCAAGCCCUUGCCCAGAAGUACGGUACGACCGGAUCGUCGCCUCUCUCACGAAGCGUAGAGAACAACUCCCCUGCCAAGGCAAACCUGGAUGAUACCGCAAACAAGGCAGUCCAAACCACUGAGACGGCUGAGCCGGCCGAGCAGCCCAGCUACGCGUCGAUAACGGCACAGCCCCCGCAGCAGGAGCUGCAUUCAAAGAGUUCCGGCUCGGGCAGCGAGUUGGCCCCCGCCGAUCAGACAAGCCCAUACUCACACAGAAAGGAUCUUUUUGCCCGCAGUGGCAGUAUUACCGAGAACAUUGUGGAGUCCAGAGGCAUCCGCAAGGUGGUGUUGGAGACGACCAGCAGCAACGAAGAUGAGGAGGAACAGGGCGGAUCCGACCGUAACAAUAAGAGCGCCAGCCGAUCCAACCUGAAUCUUGCCUCGCAGCCGUCCCCGUCGACGGAGGGCGACGAGGAAGAGAACGGAAUCCAAAGUCCAACUGUGCCAGGUGCUACUGAGGAGAGUGCUUCAAACACAGGUAACGGCAACGGCAACAAUGGCGGUUCAGGUGGGAAGAAGAAGAACCGCAGGAAGAAGAGAAAGGGCGGCAAGUAG